GAGGAUAAGAGUCUGCUGACAAACUGAGGAGCCGAUGAUGUUCAGGCGUCAGGCUCUGCAGUGGAAGAUGUAGAUGGAAGAAGUCCUGGUGCCUGGACCAACAGAGAAGACGUCACUCGGGUCAUUGAUAUCAUUGACUUGCUCAUGUGUAACCACAGGUGGUAGAUUGACUGCUCUCCAAUUCUACUCCCACACCUGAAAUCACGUAGCUCUAGGCCCUGUGCAGCCUCCUGUAGAGUAUUAUGUAAGGAAAAGGACCUCACUGAAUCCUGGUAUAAUUCAAAGGACAGAUGAUAGCGCGGUUCCGGUUUGACACCAGCUGGACUGACACAUUGUAGCGUGUAACUUGUGGCUCCUACCUGAGAAGCGGGCGGACUGGCUCCGCGGCCUAGGGCGGCUAGAAAAGGCGCUGAGCGAAGAGCGGGCACACAGCUGGCACCAUGCACAAGGGCUGGAAGAAGUACUUCGGCCAGAAGUCUCUCAAUGAGGUGACCAUGGACGAGUAUCUGGGGAGCCUCGGGCUGUAUCGGAAACUCACAGCCAAGGACGCGUCCUGCCUCUUCAGAGCUGUGUCCGAGCAGCUUUUCUACUGCCAGAUUCACCACAAUGAGAUACGGCAAAUAUGUGUGUCUUACAUGAGGAAGAAUGAAAAGCUUUUUGACUCGUAUGUAGAAGGCCCUUUUGAAAAAUAUUUGCAACGAUUAGAAGAUCCUAAGGAGAGCGCAGGACAACUUGAGAUAACUGCACUUUCAUUGAUUUUCAACCAAAACUUUGUUCUUUACAAAAGUCCUGGGAAGCCACCCACUUAUGCAACGGAUCUUAACUGUGAUGGAAAGAUAAUGUUAUGUUGUUCCACCAAUGGGCACUAUGAUUCGGUAUUUACUAAAACUUUCCAAACCACUGCUGCUAUAUGUCAAGCUGUUCUGUAUGAGUGUCUAUACAGAGAUGUAUUUGGAGUAGAUGAGUGGGAAUUGGUUGCUGCUGUUGAGCUGUUUCGAAGUGGGACAAAGAAAAACCGUAACAGUGCAUCCACUGGCAGCGAAGAUGCAAAUUAUGACUGCACUGCAGAACAUAGCAAGGCACCCACUGAUGGCAGGCUACUAGAAUUAGAAACUACAUUUCUGUCUAGGCAAGAAGGGGAGAAAAAAGAUGUUGACAUUCCUGUCGAGGAGAAAAUGAAGCAAAGCACAGAUGAAGUAAAGACUUCAGAAAACCCAAAUAAGAUGCCAUUCCCAUACAAGGUCUUAAAGGCACUGGAUCCAGAAAUCUACAGAAAUGUAGAAUUUGAUGUCUGGCUGGACAGCAGAAAAGAGCUUCAGAAAACAGAAUAUAUGGUGUUUGCUGGAAGGCAUUACUGUUUGGGUGACAAGUGUCAGGUGCGCUUAGAGCCUGGUGGGCGAUACUACAAUGCUCAUAUACAAGAAGUUGGACAAGACACCAAUUCUGUUACAGUCUUUAUUGAAGAACUGGCAGAAAAGCACCUUGUUCCACUUGUUAAUUUAAAACCAGUCACUCAAGUGAUCCCCGUUCCGGCUUGGAAUUCAUCAACUAACCGCAAGGGAACAAGUUACCAAAAGAUUGCUGCUGGAUACCAAAGUGACAUUGAACUUGACCUUAAAUCUAGAAAGCGGCUGUUCAAGAAAACUGCAGCCAAUCUUGCGUCAUAUGAACAUUUCAGACCUCCUCAAUCUCCACAUCGUCAGAGCCGUAGCUUUGGAAUCCCAAAACACACUAUUAUGAGUCCAGAGAUACCGUUUUAUCACAGUCCUGGAAAGAAGUGCUACCAAGGUUUUGACAACUAUUCCUACAGAACUAGGUCCUACACACGGAGUAGAAGGCAGUUGCCGUGUGUAAAUAAGGAGUGUCAGUUUGGGUUUGUGUCCGACAGAGAUGAGGAGCAACGAAGCCUAGAAGAAACAAUAACUUAUUAUGAAAUUGAGGAAGGAGAUGAGUCUCCUUUCCCUCCGUUAUCUAAUCCAGGAAAUCCAAUGGUUCCCACUCCAACUUUUUGGGUUGCAAGGAGCAAUCCAGGACCCAUUGGCCCUGUCAAGCAAAAAUUGAAUUCAUCAGAGGAAGAUAUUGAUGAACCAAGCGAUAGUGGAGACUAUCAUGGGGACUUCAUUUAUACUUCAGGUGAUGCAUUUGAGAAUGCCUCUUUGUAUAGUGCAACAGAGUCCACUCAGAAUCUGGAUGAUAUCUCCCGUACUGUGCCUUCCCCAGAUGAUGGUUCUUAUAAGUUCCCAGAACAGGUUACAUCUGUUCUAUCUACCUCCUGUGUAAAUUCUGCACCAACAACAGUAAUCUCUUCCAGUUCAGCUGUGGGUGUCCCAUCCACAGCUACCUCAACUGUUCUUCCACAAACUGUUGUGCAGCCAAUGGUAGUAUCACAGUCACCCACUGGACGGCCAGUUCCGCCUGGCUCUGGAGAAAUGGGGGACUGUACAAUCCCUCUACAUCCUCCACCCUAUUCUUGUGACCCUAGUGGUAAUGAUCUACCAAGAGACACAAAGGUGCUACAGUAUUAUUUUAACCUAGGCUUACAAUGUUAUCAUCAAAACUUUUGGCACUCCAUGGUAUAUGUGCAACAAAUACCUGCCCCGCAACAUGUUGAGCCAUACCAAGGUUUUGCAGAACCUGUCCCAAUAGUUGACCAAUCUCUGCCUACAGUUUAUAAUGAGAGCCGGCCUGUCACACUAGAAACAGGUGGUCAAUUUCCUAAUGUGGAAUCGCUGCCUCCGCCGCCUGGACCAGUUUAUUACCCUUUUAUUCCUGACCCGUAUAGCCAGCCUCCUUUAACUGGCUUUGACUCGUGUGUGUCUGUUGUGCCUACGUAUCACUAUGUAGGACCCUGGCAUCCUAUAAGUCCUCCUUACAGCAGUUCACCCCGGAUUCAUAACACUGUAAAUCCUGGCCACAUUCACCAAGUGAGCUACAUAGCGGCACCACCUCAUCCUUCGCACUUUGUGCCUCAAGCAAUAUAAAAGCAGAUGCAUUAUCGGUCUGUUUUCAUACCAUGGCUGAUUCUUCUGCAAAGAGAACACUGGUUUCUAAAUUACAGAUCCAUAAUGGCACUGAACUGGGUGACUAGGACUAGGUGUAAAAUGUAGAUUACAGUUUUUACUGUACUGAAGGGCCGUAGCAGGCUUUUUGUGGCAAUUCUUUAUUUUCUUGGAAAGACUUUCAUGUACAACCUCUGCUGAAGAUUUCCUUGCACUGAUGACUUUUAAAGCUCCAUUCUGUAGUGGAGGGUUGCUACUCAUCAUCCUCCUCUUUCGUGCAGCAUCCAAUCAAUAUCAUUGGACUACUUCAUUCACACCAUUGGUGAUAAGGCACAAAUGCUGUUGUACCAUAAAUGAUACAACUAUGUUAUGUAAAGUCAUUUUUCUGUUUUACCUGUCUACAUGUUUUAGCAUUGAAGCAUGGUCUUUAAAUGUGUACACUACUAGGAAUAUUUGGCUUUAUUUAUGUUAUAUCUGGGUAUCUGUUUAUGUGUAUGUCACAUUUUCACUGAAGGGGAGUUAAUAUUGGUGUUCUUUCACAGUCACUAUAAAUAAAUAAGAAUGCAUGAAAAACAUAUGUGAUUUUG